AUGUUUUACUUCGAUAUCGAUACGCUUUAUCUCGAUGGUGGACCUAUUACAAGAUAUUUACAAGUAAAGAUGAAUUUUAUCCAGAAGAAACAUGUGGAUACCCUCAUCAUAUCAGGAACUUUCCGAUACACGCCAUCCCUUGCCAUCUAUGAUGAUCUCACACUUAUCGAUUUACAAAAUACAGCCUCAUCAUUGGUUAUAUAUGGGAGUCCAUACGAAACUAUGGCCGAAAAAGCACUUCAACGAAAGCAAAAAUCUUUCCGCAUUCGAUAUUGUUCCCAUAAUACCAAGCUAGGACCAAGCUUAGCUAACAUUCAAAUUUUGGAUACUGCAAGACUACAAGAAGCUGCUGCAAUCGGUGGUGUGGCUCUUUUUGAGAUGCCCAUUUUUGAAUACAAACCCAUGGGUUUUGCAUGA